AUGGCUGCGGCUGUAACUGAGGGAGUUGUGUCGUUUGGAGUGCAAAAACUCUGGGAGCUCCUGAGUCGAGAAUCUGAGCGAUUGCAGGGAGUUGAUGAGCAAGUUGCUGGACUAAAACGUCAUACGAGAACAUUACAGUCACUGUUGAACGAUGCAUAUGCCAAGAAAUAUGAGAGUGAAAGAGUGAGAAACUUGUUGGAAGAUGUCAAAGACAUUGUUGAUGAUGCUGAGGAUAUAAUCGAAUCCUUUCUUCUCAAAGAAAUAAAAGAAAAAGGUAUCAAGAAGCGCGUGAAAAGACUUUCUUGUUUCUUGGUGGAUCGCCGAAGGUUUGCUACAGACAUUGAAGGCAUAACUGAGAGGAUCUCCGAGGUGAUUGCGCGAAUGCAGAAUUUUGGAAUAAUACAGAAGAUAGAUGGUGGUCGUUCACUGUCUCUACAAGAGAGACAAAGGGUGCAAAGGGAGUUUCGACAAACAUUUCCUAAGAGUUCUGAAAAGGGUUUUUUAGACAGUAAUACAAAGUUGGAAUUGGGUAAUCUAGUGAACCUGGAGACCUUGUGGCAUUUCCCAACAAAACAGGGUAAUGUCACAGACCUCCUCGGUAUGACUAGGCUCAGAACUCUCUCUGUAUUUUCCGAUCGCAAUUGUACUUCUGAAACUCUACAGUCAUCUCUCCGUGAAUUAAGAAACCUGGAGACGUUUUAUUUAGUUGAUCGGAACCUUGCAACCCAUGGGGGGGCUUAUCAAGUGGAUUUCGUUGGGGAUUUCAUUCAUCUAAGAGAUUUAACGCUUUUCGUGCAUAUGCCAAGGUUUCCUGAUCAAUCUCGAUUCCCUCCCAACCUUGCAAACAUAUCUCUAAGUGAUUGUAGGAUAGAGGAGGAUCCACUGCCGAUUCUGGAAAAGUUGCUUCAUUUAAAGUCGGCUGAAUUAUCGUACCAUGCUUUCGUGGGGAGGAGAAUGGUGUGUUCAAAAGGUGGAUUCCCUCAAUUAUGUGAGCUAAUAUUGGAGCUAGACGAGUUAGAAGAGUGGGUUGUAGAAGAAGGGUCGAUGCCAUGUCUUCGUACUUUGACGAUAGACUGCUGCAAAAAGUUGAAGGAGGUACCGGACGGGCUCAAGUAUAUAACUUCUUUAAAGAAACUGGUAAUCACAGGUAUGAAGGGGUGGAAGAAGAAAUUAGUACCAGGUGGGGAAAGUUACUACAAAGUCCAACACAUUCCUGAGGUUGAAUUUGAGUACUGCGACGACGAUGAAUAA